AUGUUUUCCUGCCAAACGCAACAGAAUCCUUCGAGUCAUUUGCGACAUCCCAGUUCACAUAUUUUUAAGGACGACAUAAUCAUCCCCAGAUCUUGCUUAUCAGCUUAUCCCACAUUAUCACAACCAUAUAUAAAUACUACCUUGACUAGUCCCAAGGAUGAUGUCAUCGUUUCCUCGAGUUCAACCAUUUCAAAACCUUCUGUCGUGACUUCAGAAUAUGUUAAGGACAUUCCUUCCCCAAAUAUAGGUUCUGACCAAGAAUUAUACCCCGUAAAAUUGUCCACGACGCGUUCUUCUGAUAAUUUUCCUUGUGAAGCAGGGGAUUGUGGUUGGGCACCAGAAGAAGAAUUUAAUAGUUAUAACCAAAAAUGGUUUGAGACGUUCAAUCUAAAAUUAAACCAUAAAAAUACCAACCUUUUCAUUAUAGAUACUAUGGAACAUUUGGAAGAGUUAUUGUAUUAUUAUUAUCAUUUACAAAAUGAAUUUAAUUUUGGGUAUUCUUCUCAGGUGUUUCCUUAUCUUCUCGGACUAGACAAUUUCCAACAGUGCAACUACUUUAUCGAUUAUUCUGAUGUCGCGUCUUAUAAAGAAAAGCUACGGAAGAUUGUCUCGAAUAAUAUUAUGUUCAUAAAGAAUGAUGGUAUUACUGAUGUCCCUGAGUUGUUGAAUACUGUCAAUAUGGAGAGAUUUUUGUCCUUCACUCGAGGGAAGUGUGACAAACUAGAUUUUAAUAUAACACCCCAAUUUGAAGGUGAAUUAAAUUGCAGAAACUUUAGAGACCAGAUACGACUUAUGGCACCCUUAUCCCAUUUUUUCGUAUAUAAUUAUUCUUGCAAACCAAAUGCAGACCUAACUGAUAUACUUGAAAAGAUUGUAUCCAAAGAUAAAUUCAUCUACUCAAUAGAGAUCAAUGACAAUUGGUGGGGCAAAUUGGACAAAUACUAUUUUGACGACGAUGGAGAUGAAGAGCAAAUAUACGACAACCCCUUAAUCGAUGAGAUACUAGGAGACGCUGCUCCAGCAUAUUCUCCAAAUCGUGAUUCCUUUCCCUGCAAAUUUCUCCAAUAUGAACAAAAUUUAGUAUGGAGAUUGAAUUCAAGAAAAUGGAUAUUGGAUAAUAAGAUAUGUAUAGGAAAUAUCCACGACUUCAAUAAUAUACCCACCACCUCACAUGAAUUUAAAUUGAUAAUUAACUGCCUGUUGGAUGCAGACCUUCCAAGUGUCAAAACAGUCAGCACUAUUUGGAAUGAUUUUUUGUUGGAGAAUAAUGAGAACACUUACUAUUUGGAAUUCCCAAGCUCAGGAAGAUUCAAUCCUCUAUUCUUAUCAGAUGAAUCUGUGAUGGUUAUUUUGAAUGUAUUAAAAUUGAUAGAAAAGAUUAGUAGACUGCAUAAAGUAUUUAUCUUUUCUUAUGAUGGGUUCACUGGAUCUUCGGUGUUGGCAAUUGCAGUAGCACAAGUGGUACUUAAAAAAUCUUUGGAAGAAGCAGUUAUAGAACUUUCAUUAUCCCCAGCCAAGCUAUAUUUCUUCAAGUCCGACAUGUCUUUCCUCCAUUACUUUGAAUUCUUGAUUGAUUAUUUGGUGCGGUAUUCCAUACCCGAGUUUUCUACGAUAAUUCCUCAGGAAGCAUUGGACUUUAUGGAAGCAAACAAACAGUACUUAAGAAAGACUAACAAAUAUGAUUGGUUUUCCGUUAAUGAAGAUAACAAUUUCCCAACUAGGGUAUUUGAUAAUGUUUACCUUGGGUCCCAUAAUCAUGCAAGUUCAAAAACCAUUCUUGAAACUUUGAAUAUCACUCAUGUAAUAUCAAUAGGUGUACUUCCAGAUUGGUGGCUGUCACUUGAAAAACAAGCUAGUUUUGACUAUGAAGGAUCCCAUUCCAAACAUAAGAUCAAACCAAUAUAUACCUUUAAUGAAAAUAGAUCCAAGAUAUAUGAGGUAGAUUUAAGUGGAUUCAAACUACCAAAACGUAUUUCCAAACUCAAAUCAUUAAUCUAUAUUCAUAAUUUCAACGACGACGGUAAGGAUUCAAUCUUACCUCUACUAAUUGAUGCCCCUGUUUUCAUCCAGGAAAAAAUCCUACUUGGACCCAAUAAAAACAAUUAUCAAUCCCAAGCAAGAACAUUAAUCCAUUGCAAGAUUGGUGUGUCUAGAUCGGCUUCUAUCAUGAUUGCAAGUCUAAUGAAACAAUUCCGACUUUCGUUGAUUCAAGCAUAUAUGGCCCUAAGAGUAUUAAGAUUUAAUAUUAUCGUACAACCAAAUUUGAAAUUAUUUCAUGAUUUAUAUCUUUAUGAAUCGUAUCUAGGAGUCUUGGAACAGAAUAAAGGAAUCAAAAAGUGGAAUUGGGAAUGUGUUUGUCGUGAAGUGCAAUAUUUGAAUGAUCAUUAUUUAUAA